CUUACACGCACCCAAAGCACGUCACCCAAGCCAUCGACGGUCGGGGUCGUCGUCUUGGUUUCGUUAGCUCUUACGCCCAUUGGAACUUGGAUUCGAAAAGCCUCGGUGCCUUCUGGAACUCUCUCCCAACCCAAAUCCCUCGAAUCCUCUCGUCCUGAUCUCCGCCCUCCUCGCCCUUCCGAUCUCGCGGAGGCACCCAAUGUGGAGAAAGAGGCGGAAAUAUUGAGCAGAGAUGGUGGCAUAACGAAGGCGGGGCGAAUAGGGAGUGAUAUCUUCACGAGCUGAAGCCUUUGCGAGAGCGGGAAGAAGAUGCCAGCGGAGGAGGCGCUGCCGGGGUCGUCCAAGUGGAUGCUGAGCUACAGCCCUUCUCGGACCCCCGCCAUGACGAGGCUCUACGGGGUGACCUCACAAAGGUCGCAGAGAUCGCAAUUGUCGGCCAAGAAGCUGCCUGAGCCGCUGCGUAGGGCCGUCGCGGAUUGCCUCUCGCCCGUCGCUACCCAGCAAGGGAACUCCUCGGCGCAGACUUCCGAGGCCGCGAGGAUCCUCCGGGACUUCAUGGGCAACUCAUCGACCACUGACAUGGCUUAUAUCAUGCUUCUAGAACAUGCACUAGCAGAAAGAGAUCGGAGUCCAGCAGUUCUACCAAGGUGUGUUACUUACCUGAAAUUUUAUCUACUCAGAUAUGUACCAAAACUUUCAAUUCUGCGGCAGAUUGAUCUUUUUUGUGUGAAUUCAAUUGCUGAAUGUGAAUCCAUAAAUAGUCGAAGAGAGCAAGAAUUGUCCAAGUCACUGAUACACCAUGCUAAAACAUCCUCCAAGGUCUCAAACGUUUAUGUUCCUUCACUAGCGCCUUCCAACUUCACUUCUACUUCACUUAUCAAGUCCUUGAACUACGUCCGUUCCCUUGUGGCACGGCAUACACCAAAAUUGUCUUUCCAACCAAUUGCACAAUCUAUGGUCUCACCUGCUUCGAAACAAUCACUUCCCAGUUUGUCAUCUUUGUUGAGCAGAUCUUUUAAUUCUCAUUUAAGUCCUGAUGCUGUUAGCAGUAAGGAUUCAAUUGAGGUUAAAGAAACUACUGCUUCAUCCCCUGGAUUUUCAAAUCUUCAAGAAGUUAAUAGAGAAGGAAAUAAGUAUUAUUUUUCUGAUAUAUUUAAAUGGAGAUGGCUUGGGGAGAGAGAAUAUCAAAUGCCAUAUUUAACGAAAGAAAGGUAUUCUUUACAAUCCAGCAAUGGUUUUAUGAAGCCUCAAGACAUUCAUACGCAUGGUUUCAUAGAAGUUGGUGCUGCAGGUCUUUUAAUUGGGGAAAUGGAGACCCGAGUGAAGGAUCAUACUUGGAAGUAUUAUGUUAAUCACAACUUUACAGAUGCUGACAUGCCACAGCCUUCGACAUCUACAAUGGCUAUCAACUUUAUUUCAUCAAAUAGCCAUUUGAAAGCAGUAACAGCCUUCAAACGCAUGAAAGCAGGCCCUAAUCAAGUUUGGGAUAAUGUCCCAAUCAGCACAUUUCAUCCCCGAGUUCGGCCACUAUUUCAGUAUAGACAUUACAGUGAACAGCAACCUUUAAGGUUAAGUUUUGCCGAGAUUCAUGAAGUUAUAGCUGAAGUCUGCACAGAGUUAACUGCCCCUACCUCAAGUACAAAUAAUGCAACAUCACGAUCUAACCAUGCUGGACAACCUGCUACUAAUGUUGCAAUCAGUGUUCUCAUCAAGCUUGUCAUUGACAUGUUCAUGGCAGAUCCUGGAACUGCUACUCCACUCGCUCUUUAUAUGCUGGAGGGCAUGCUUAGCUCUCCGAGAGUGGCGUCCAGGGCUCGUGCAUUUGAUUUUAUUUUAAACCUUGGUGUUCAUGCACAAUUACUGGAGCCUAUGCUACUUGAAGAUCCUACCUCACCUGAAGCAGUUAAACCUUUGCAAGAACCUUAUUCAAAUGACGAAGAACAGCCUACAACUCCAGAAAAGAUGAAUAAUGAGUCUGAUAUGCAGCAGAGAAUUUUUACAGCUAUUGAUAACUUCGAGUCCUGGCUUUUAGUUAUACUAUUCGAAGUUCUUCGUCUUCUUGUACAGAUGGAAGAAAGUGAAGAAAUUGUAUGGGCAUCUGCCCUUAGUUGUUUAUUCUAUUUUGUGUGUGAUAAUGGAAAAAUAUUAAGGAACAGACUUGCUGGUCUUGACAUAAGGGUUAUUAAGACCCUUCUGGAGAUCAGCAAUGAAUAUUCAUGGGCAGAGGUAGUUCAUUGCAAACUUAUCUGCAUUCUAAGUAACAUGUUCUAUCAAACUUCAAAUGAUCCUCCAAUGGAUGCUCUGCAUAUUCCCAAGUUUCUUGUUGAACAAGUAGAUCUUCUUGGGGGAAUUGACUUUAUUUGUUUAAAGUAUUCAAAGGCAAACUCAAAGGAAGAAAAGGAUAAUCUAUUUCUUGUCCUAUUUGAUUAUGUUGUACAUCAGAUAAAUGAAGUUUGCUUGACUAAUGGAGCAUCUUCAUAUAUGUAUGACGACAUCCAACCUCUUGUCUCAAUGCUUAUGCUAGCUAACGCCCCUGAAGCUUUCCAUAUCGCAGUUAAGCACGGUGUAGAUGGUAUCGGGGAGAUCUUGAAAAGAUCCAUCUCCGCAGCCUUGUUGAGAUCAUCAAACUACGAGCGACAAAAUAUGCUUUUGGACAAGAUAAUAAGAAAACUCGAUACAACCUUGAGUACCUUCACAAGGUUAGACAGUGAAUUUUCAUAUAUGAUCCGUCUUACAAAAACUUGCAAGUCUUUUAUGAGCAUAAAAGAUGUCCUUUCCAAAACUGAUAUUGGUGAGAAAGCUAAAGUUUCAUGGGCUACAUUGCAUUCCCUUCUUCACUCAGAGAGGUCUGCUUAUCGUCAUCAUGGGUACAUUUGGCUUGUUGAAUUGCUGCUUAUGGAAAUCAGUGAGAGUAGAAAUGGAAGUAUAUUGUCAAAUGUUAAAAACCUUCAGCAGCAAAUUGCUGAUGCUUUUAGUCAAGAUUCAGCUUAUUCAGAAAUUCCAUUGGCUAUUAGUAUCUUCUGUGGGCUUUUGAAGUCAAAGCACAAUUUUGUUAGAUGGGGCUUUCUUUUUGUUCUGGAGAAACUUCUUACACGUUGCAAAUUAUUACUCAAUGAAACUGAGCUCCAAGAUACAAGUGCUGAAAGCAGUGUAGGUGAUCAUACUGAAAAUUGUCUAACCAAAGCAAAUGCAGUCAUAGACAUAAUGAAAAGUGCCUUGUCACUGGUGGUUCAGAUAAAUGAGACUGAUCACAUCAGCAUUUUGAAGAUGUGUGAUAUAUUAUUUGCUCAAUUAUGCCUGAGGCUUCACUCUACCACACGCGUUCCUUUUGUUGAUUUCAAUGAUUUGAAUCAUCUGUUUGAUUGCACAACUCAUGUUCGUGAAGGUGACUCAGAAACUCAUGUGUCACUAGAAGGACCGAGGUCUAAACAAUCAAGAGAUAAGCUUCCACAGACAGCUGACUCUCUGAAUGAUACCGAUCGAGAUAACUUAAUCUGUGAGACUGCUUCUAUGGCAGCAUUGCUUCUUCGAGGGCAUGCAAUUGCACCUAUGCAGCUACUAGCCCGUGUUCCUGCAACCUUGUUCUUUUGGCCACUGAUACAGCUUGCUGGGGCUGCAACAGAUGAUAUUGCAUUAGGCGUUGCUGUCGGCAGUAAGGGAGGAGGGAAUAUACCAGGUGCUACAUCGGACAUACGAGCCACUCUCCUCUUACUUUUAAUUGGUAAAUGUACUGCUGAUCAGGGAGCACUUUUGGAGAUUGAAGGAAAAGAAUUUUUUAGAGGUCUCAUGGAUGACAUGGAUUCAAGAGUAGCAUAUUAUUCUGCUGCUUUUCUUUUGAAGAGAAUGAUGACAGAAGAACCAGAAACCUAUCAGCGCAUGCUUCAAAGUCUUAUUUUUAAAGCACAACAGAGCAACAAUGAAAAACUUCUGGAGAACCCAUACCUGCAAAUGCACGGUAUAUUGCAGCUGUCAAAUGACCUUGGAAGUCUCUUGUAACAUCUACUGGUAAAACAUCAACUUUAAAAUAUGAUCAAAUGGGAAUCCGUACCCAGUUCAUUCUUAGUGUUGCUAGAAGGUGCAACAAGCAGACAGUCUGGAUCGGAUUUUCUUCUGCCAAGUAAAGGUCUUUGGUCACUAGUUGUAUAUUAGCACUUCCAGAUAAAUGGCGAUGUGUAUAGAAACCUAGUUCAUUCCCUAAUUGAUCUGCCAAUUAUUUAUGUUAACAAAUGGAUAGCAAAAGACAAUCUUCUCAAAUUCAGGUGGUCGACUCCAUUUGAAUCUCAGAGUUCAUUCUAUGCGAAUUUUCAGAGAGCAUCUCAUAAUUGGCACGAUUGUAGAUAAUCUCAUCUUUUCCUGAAGAUGGAUUUUCGUCGAUGUGAAUUAGUUUCUCUUGUACGCAUCUGAUUUUGAAAUUUUGAGACACCGAGUUAUAUGCAGUUUUUUCUAGAGGCAUUCUCGGCUAAUAAUUAAUUAAUGUUGUUUUUUUUUUCUCUUUUCUCCUUUGAAGUUGUCUAAGAACUACGUGGUUCUUUUCUUGUAUCGUCUCAAAACUAAAAAACUGAAGAUCAUAUCAGUAUCCAAACUGCAGUAGUAAACUUCCAUCCUGUAAUGCAAUAUUGUUUACUACGUCGAUCUUGCUGUCAUCAAUCAGAUUUUAUUCUGCUCUAAAUGUAUUUAUGUUACUACGUU